GUUUGAUACAUUUACACACAGCCCAGUGUCCAGAUAUCUUUAGCUCAACUCAGCAUUUUCAGCUGUCUAUUGUUUUCAUGUACCCAGUGAUAUGAAGCUCCUGUUAUGCCACAUGUAUCCUCAAUUAUUGUUCAUUUAUCUUCAUUUUUCACUCCCUUCGGUUGGCAGCCAGGAAUGGUAACAACUGAUCUACUCAUGUCCGGUGCUACCACAAAGCAGGCCAAGUUUUUCAUUAAUGCCUUGGCAGAACCCGCAGAAGUGGUUGCAGAGUACCUUGUCCCAAGCAUCAGAUCCAUCCCCACAAAUGGUUCAACAAAGCCCACUUACAUUCGCUUUCUGACGGGAUUGAAAGCCUACUCCCACAUAUUCUCAAGACUCGCUUUUGGCGCUAGAAGAAACCGAUAUUUGCUUGAAGAUUGAGGAUGCUCGAAGAUGAACUAAUCUUUUAGAUGUCAUUUUUUUAUCACAAAUUUUGCUUCAAAUGCAUCUCUGGGGAUUACUUAAAAUAAGACCUUCAUGUGUAAAUGCAUGCAAUGUUACUGCAUUGUAGUUGUACAGUGCCAUCGAUUGUUGCAAACAUUUUCAUCUCAUCUCUGUUAUUAUCUCG